ACUUUCUGAUUGUAAAUAUGGCGCCCCGGCGAAAUUCGGCUUCUUUUUUCUGAUAGAAUAUAUGCAAAAGACUAUGCUUUGAAAAUACGCUAAUUGAAAAUCUAAAAUCUUCAUAAUUCAUUUAGGCUCUCAUAUCUCUUUAAGUAUUUCAUUUCCCCAAGAAUUGCGAAUAAAAAUUAAAAUAGUUUAUUGAAAGAUAACGUUGCGCAAACCAUCAAUGGAAGCCGAUAUAAAUACAGAUUCUACCCCUAGACAAUCUCCAAUGGAAACUGAUUUGCCAUUUAUUGGGCCUCAAGUUCCUCAAGAGCAAAAUCAUGAGGUUGAAGAGCAGCAUAAAAUAGAAACAGAAACUUUAAAUGAUAAUAAGCAAGAAGAAAAUAUUGAAUCUAAGGGAAGUGAACUUGAGGAAGGCAUAGACCAGGCAGAUGAAAAAUUACCAGAGAUAAAAACAUUUACAUGUAACUUUAAUCUUAAACCUAAAGAAAUUGCAAUAGCAAAAAGAGAAUUUAAUAAGAUUCCAGAAAAUUUCUUGAAAGGAUGUAAAUGGGCACCUGACGGUUUAUGCAUUUUAACGGCUAGCAAUGAUUCUUACUUACGUUUAUUUAAUUCUCCUCAACAACUCUACGGCACGUCAGAUGACGAAGAAACACCUGUUGAGAUGGCUUCUGUAGUUGCUAUAGAAGAUGGAGAUAUGAUAUAUGAUUAUGCUUGGUACCCAUGUAUGUCUUCAGCUGACCCGCAAACGUGUUGCUUUGCCACAACAAGCCGACGUUGUCCUGUUCACUUAUACGAUGCAUUUGAUGGUCAUUUACGAGCCAGCUAUCGGUCAUACGAUAAUGUUGAUGAAAUGACGUCAGUUUAUUCAAUUAAUUUCAAUGCUGAAGGAGAAAAACUAAUCUGCGGUUUAAAUCAACAAAUAAAUGUAUUUGAUAUAGCCAAACCAGGUAGACAAUACAGCUCGAUUAAAACAGCAAAAAAAUCAGUCGGUCAAAAGGGAAUUAUUUCUUGUAUUGCCAAUUGCCCGCAACAACCUAAGUUGUUCGCCGCAGGAUCCUAUUCAACCUCAACAGCAAUAUAUUGCGAAAACACUUUAAGUGCUCAGAUGAUGUUCGAAGGUCAAGUUGGUGGUAUAACACACCUUUUAUUUUCAAAUGAUGGUUACUAUCUGUUCGCCGGCGGAAGAAAAGAUCCUGAAAUUAUUUGUUGGGAUAUUCGAGUUGGAGGAAUUGUGUACUGUCUUAAAAGACGAGUUGAGACCAAUCAACGCAUGUUUUUUGAUCUGGAUCCCUCUGGUCGAUAUUUAAUAUCUGGAAAUCAUAAUCAAGCCGUUUCCAUAUGGGAUUUAAAAUCGGCGCCUAAGGAUGUUCAAAAUGAGGCUAUAUUAAUACCUCUAGCAGUUCAUAAAUUACACGAUGACGUCAUAAACGGAAUAAGUAUACAUCCUAGUCUACCAAUAGUAGCUACAGGAUCUGGGGAACGAAAAUUUCCAUUUCCUUACGAAUAUGAUAGUGAUGAAAGUGAAGCGAAUGUUAAAGGAGGAGAAGAAAUAUUCGACAAUUCUCUAAAGUUAUGGCGGUGGACGGUUACAUAA